CAAAUCUGCCGUAGAUUUUUAUCAUUAAAAAACACUUACCCAAAACACUUCCCGCGUCCAGAGAAUUCAGAAACACAAUUUCCUUUUACCCCAAAAUCCCCAUUUCAGCACCAACCCGCGUCAUUCUCCACUGCCGUCGCCGCUCCGUCACGGUUGCUUCGCCGGCGCUCCUCAACACACACUCUCUCUCAACCAUAAACCCUACUCCGACGCCUUACUCAAACCAAGGGUUUUCAGCGAGGUAGAACUCCAGCGAGGGAUGACAGGCAGGAGCACGUAAUUUGAAAACCCUUAUCGUCGCUGGUUCCGAAGUUCCCUUCGCCAUUGUCGCUGGUUCUACUUGCCGUCGCUGCUAGCUCGUGCUUAUCCAAUGGCCUGGUGAGGCUCAUCUCAGCUCCUGGAAACUCUUCCACUUUCAAAUAUAAAAUGGAUUUGCCCAACUGCUCCUACCCGUCCUGUGGCCAUACUUGGUGGCUUUUCUUGCACUGCAUGUAAUCACAAAUCCUUAUCUACUGCACACUACAUAAAGUCGCGACACUGUAACACUGCAAAAGCUUUUCUUGCCUUAGACUCUUCAUACAGAUGGGCGCUUAGUAGCACUCUCCUGCAGAACCGUGUUGGAGAGCUGUAUUCUCUGGUUCAGUUUCUACAAAUAGUUCCUUAUUCCUAUUAUUUCUGCAAGGACUGUGAUUGUCGGGCUCUUGAUCACAGAAUUCAUAACAGAAAGGAGUUGAAGAAGAGAUUGAGUAUUGGUAGAGCUUAAGACUUCCAAAAAAGCUAUUCAAGGAAAUUAAAUUCAUUAAUAAUGGAAAACCAGAACCGAAGUUGGAUGUAUGAUAGAACGUAUGAUCAGAGGCGGGGUCUUAAACCUAGUUUUAUUAAAGGGGUAAAUGAAUUUGUGGAUGCGUGUACUAGAAUUGAUGAAUUUCUCAGAGGAGGUUUAGUUAGGUGUCCAUGUUCCAGAUGUCAAUGUGGGACGUUUAAACAGUUGAUCGACAUUAAGAUUGAUCUAUAUACUCAUGGGUUUAAACCUAAUUAUUGGGUUUGGACAGAGCAUGGAGAAGAGAUACCCACAGAGAAUCAGAUUAGGAUAGAAGAAGAUAUUGAAAGUAGCUCUGAAUUAGGUGAUGUUACAUGGGAAGAAAAUUUUGAUCGUUAUCAUGAGAUGGUUGUUGAUGCUUUGCAACCUGAGUUUCACAUGUACAUGCAACCAACAGUGGAGGAACCAAAUCGAGAUGCUAAAAGAUUUUAUGACCUCUUAGAUUCAGUUAGUAAACCCUUGUGGGAAAAUUGUAUCCAUUCACGAUUGUCACUUGCCAGUAGGAUGCUGAGUAUAAAAUCAGAGGGAAACCAAUCCCAGGGAUCUUUUGACCAGUGGGCAACUUUGUUUAGAGAAAUGCAAACAACUCCAAAUGAAAUUCCUGCUAAUUACUAUGAAGCUAAGAAAAUUGUUUCCCAACUUGGGUUUAAGGAGGUUAAGAUAGAUUGUUGUGUCAAUGGUUGUAUGAUAUAUUACAAAGAGGACAAAGAUCUUAGACAAUGUAGAUUUUGUGGGGAGCAGAGAUUUAAGCCUAGGAAGGAAAAAAUAAAGAGGUGCCAUAUAAAAGAAUGCAUUAUUUGCCAUUGAUUCCAAGGCUACAAAGGUUGUAUGCAUCAAUGAGUACUGCCCCUCAUAUGUUGUGGCAUCACCAAAAUCGCAGAAAUGACGACGUGAUGACACAUCCUUCCCAUGGUGAAGCAUGGAAACAUUUUGAUACCAAGCAUCCUCAUUUUGCAAGCGAACCGCGUAAUGUUAGACUUGGACUUUGUUCUGAUGGGUUUUCUCCUAAUGUUCAUUUUAGCACACUGUACUCUUGUUGGCCUGUUAUAGUUACCCCUUAUAACCUUCCACCUCAUAUGUGUAUAAAGACCCUUUUUUGUUCCUAACGUGCAUCAUACCCGGAAAAGAAAAUCCCAAAGCAAAAAUUGAUGUUUAUCUUCAACCAUUGAUAGAUGAACUUAAAGAGUUAUGGGAUGAAGGCGUCCUAACAUACGACAUUCAUAGCAAGAAGAAUUUUCAGUUAAAGGCUGCAUUAAUGUGGACAAUUAUUGAUUUUCCUGCUUAUGGAAUGUUGUCUGGUUGGAGUACAGGGGGAAGAUUAGCAUGUCCAUUAUGCAUGGAGGAUACCAAGGCCUUUUGGUUAGAUUAUAGCGGAAAGAAUUCGUGGUUUGACUGUCACAGGAGAUAUUUACCUGAAGGUCAUCCUUAUAGGCAUAAUAAAGUUGGUUUUAAGAAGAAUGUUGAGGAGGAUGAAGAACCUCCUAUUAGGCUUAGUGGCGAACAGGUCUGGAAAAGAGUUAGACACUAUCCUAAAAUAGUUGACACAGGAGGACAAGUGAGAUUGAGCGGAUAUGGGGUGGAACACAAUUGGACCAAAAGGAGUAUAUUUUGGGAUCUCCCAUAUUGGAAAGAUCAUUUGGUUCGUCAUUGUUUGGAUCUAAUGCAUAUUGAGAAGAAUGUUUUUGAUAACAUAAUGAAUACCGUUAUGGAUACUGAAAGAACAAAAGACAAUGAAAAGGCAACGUUAGACAUGGCUGUGCUUUGUAAGCGACCAGAUUUGAAUUUGGUGCAGGUACGCGAAGGUCAUUGGGCAAAGCCUAAGGGCAACUAUGUCUUGACACUCCAACAACGAAAAAAUGUUUGUAAAUGGGUACAAGAGUUGAAAAUGCCAGAUGGAUAUGUUUCAAAUUUACAAAGGUGUGUUGAUGUCAAGGGAGGAAAAUUGUUUGGGAUGAAAACUCAUGAUUGUCAUGUAUUUAUGGAAUGUUUGCUUCCGUUAGCCUUCAAAGAGUUGCCAGACCACGUGUGGAAACCGUUGACCGAAAUAAGUCAAUAUUUUAGGGACCUUUGUUCAUCUACUCUUCGGGUUAGCGAUCUUGUACAAAUGAAAGCUAAUAUUCCUGUUAUUUUGUGCAAGUUAGAAAGAAUUUUUCCACCUGCCUUUUUCGACGUAAUGGAGCAUCUACCAGUUCACUUGGCAUAUGAGGCACGUGUUUGUGGACCAGCUCAGUAUAGGUGGAUGUAUCCAUUUGAGUGUGAAAUAGGCACGUAUAAGAGAUCAGUGAAGAAUCGGGCUAGAGUAGAGGGUUCAAUUUGUCAAGCAUACCUGGCUAGAGAGACAUCAAGUUAUUGUUCUUAUUACUUUGAGCCACAUGUCAUGUCUAAGAGAACAAGGCCGAAUCGAAAUGAUGAUGGUGGUGUAAGUUCAUCUGAGCCUACCCUUUCUAUUUUUGAUCAACCGGGUGUUCCUGGGGGAGCCAACAAAGACAAAUGGUUAACUAGUAUGGAAAUGAAAGCCGCUCACUUACAUAUCUUGUUGAAUUGUCCUGAAGUCGAUACAUUUAGAAGUAAAUACGAGCAGAUCCAUGGGAGCAAUAAUUCUUUAUCCAACUUUCCAUCAUGGUUCCAUGAGCAUGUAAGUUUUUACAUUUUGUUGACUGUAUCAAAAUAUGUAAAAGUAAAUCUUGUUUUUCUAAAUACUAUGUUUUGUUUGACAAAAUCAGGUAAAAAAUCCCAGUAAUGGCAUAACUUGUCCUCAUUUAUUGAGUUUAGCAUUCAGGCCAAAAACUAGGGCCACGAGUGUUGGUAUGUUCAAGGUUAACGGGUAUAGAUUUCAUACUCCUGAGCAUGCAUCUGGAAAGAAGA